CUUUCUACUGUCUGUCGCUCUUUGCCCUAAUCGUACUCUAAUCGCACUCCUUUAAUCGACUUUCUAGAGCACCUCUGCUCUACGCGAUAUCUAAAAUGCGUCUCUCUGUAAUUCUUACUUCGACGCUAAGUCUUAUUCUUUCCGCCGAUGCCGCCGCCAUCUCAACGAAUGCUCGCUGCGGCAGCUCUGGCGGCGGAAAAACCUGUCUAAACAGCGCGUUUGGCAACUGCUGCUCGCAGUACGGCUACUGUGGAAGCAGCGCCGAUUACUGUUCCCCCUCGAAAGGAUGCCAGUCCAGCUAUGGAACCUGCGCCGACCAAGGAAAGACGACUGGUCUCACACGCUCGAAGAACGGCGCGUGUGGCAAGAGUUCCGGACAGACGUGCAAGGACAGCGCGUUUGGUAGCUGCUGUUCGCAAUACGGAUACUGUGGGUCGACAUCUGCGUAUUGCGGGAUAGGCUGUAAUCCUAAGUUUGGAAGUUGCCGCGCGGUUUCUUCUCCUUCUGUUGCCAGGAAAUCUUCGACUUCUGCGAAAUCGACUGGUACCAAGUGUUCUUCAAGCGCGACUCCCUACGGUGGCGUCGCCUCAUCCACCCGUACACCUUCGUCUAUUCAUACAACGUCAUCCAUCCGUACCGCUUCGUCCAGCGUCCCACAUUCCAGCUCCCAGUCGUCGGUUGUGUCUAGCUCAACCUCCAGCUCGUCUUUGAGUUCAACGACGACUUUGUCGAGUACCGCAGUCAGUUCUUCAUCGAGCUCAGCUUCGAGCUCGGAAAUUAGCUCACUGCAGAUUUCUUCGACAUCUUCGGUUAGCAUCGCACCUACUAUCGAAGUCCCUUCUACGUUCUCUUCGGCUAUCGUCUUACCUACCAGCGAUGCUCCUUCUAUGUCCCCUUCGGCCAGCGAUGCUCCUUCUAUGUCCCCUUCGGCCAGCGAUACUCCUUCUAUGUCCCCUUCGGCCAGCGAUGCUCCUUCUAUGUCCCCUUCGGCCAGCGAUGCUCCUUCUAUGUCCCCUUCGGCCAGUGUCUCACCUACUAGCGAUAUCCCUUCUGUGUCCUCUCAGAUUGUAUCAAGCCUACCGACAUCCUCCAGUGCUUCCAGUUCCACACCAUCUCCAUCACCGAUACCAGCUGCUUGUGCCGGCCCUUAUAUGACCUGGGCUACGUUCGAUAUCGUCCCUCAGAACGUUAUAAAGGAUCUUCCGGGCGAGUUCACCAUGGAACAGUGUUGCCAGGCCUGCCACAGCACUCCAGGUUGCACUUAUUGGAGACAAUACUACGAGGGGACAAACUGCCAGAUUUCUGUGCAACCGGGCAGUACAGCGGCGGACCAAUGUCCCCUAGGAGUUCAGAGUAUUCCGUAUUAUGAGGGAGCUCCUUCGUGGGGCCCUGCACAAUGCGGUACCCCAAUGGUGUUAUAAUAUGUUGCGGUAUUAGUCGGUCCAUACAAGACCCUAUUACCUUUGCUUAGACUGUUCUGGACUAGCAUGUUCCAGAGCCAGUAUAUAGUCGUCUUCUCCUCACUAGAUAGCAACUCGGCGCAGUAUUCCAUCGACCCGAUAGUCCUACGUUAUCGUUUAC